AUGAAUCUCGUGUCACAGCGAGGUCAAGCUCCACAGCAAGCAGGUGGACCCCCAGGCAGUGCAGGCUCACCAGGCUCAAAGAUUCAACCUGUCGAGGGCCUACGAAACUUGUAUGGUGUGAAAGAGGACUGCGAGCUACUCGUACACUAUGGCUAUCUCAAAGAGUCGCCUUCUCUAUCGCUUCUUCGAGAUGAUUCUGCAGCACGAGAGGGAGGCUACCUGCCACUGUGGCAUGAACAUGUCGUGUACGAUUCCAAUGCCACCGAAUUCAGCACCCAGGUCGGAAUCGGCCCUUUGCCAAAUGAGGAGGGCCGUGAGGGGACUGCGAUGGACUGA